AUGAAGGUCAUAACAAUUUUGCUGUUCGGUCUUGUGGCGUCUUUAUUGUUAAUACAGGAGUCAUCCGCAGCCGAUAGUGCAGCAAGCGAUGACGACACUAUCAGUAAUAUAGAUGACGGUGCAGACUACAGCGCUAAAGACGUUGAUUACGGCAGUAGUGAAGCUGCUGAUGACCAAAGUGGCAAUGGUGAUAGUGAUUAUAGUGAUGACAGUGUGAGCAGCAGCAGCGCUAGCCCCAGUAGAGCAAAUACACAGCAAAGAGUCCGAAGAGCUCGCCAGGCAGUUAGACGUCCACAAGCAAGCCGACAGAAUAAUCGAGCAAAUGCCAGGCGUCGCCAGAAUGCUGUGCGUCGUCAAAACAACAACCGCCGCCGAAAUAACGUACGCCGACAAAACAAUGCCCGCCAACGUAAUAAUAGACAAUCUCGUGGCAACAGACGGGCUCGCAACAAUAGAUUCCGCGGUUAA